ACUAGAGGAACAAGGCGAGAACCUUGACAAGACAGAGCUCAGAACCUUUUUAGAGAAUCAGUAAGGUUAGUAUCACAGUCCAAGUUCUGGGCCUAGCUUUGUGGAUUACUUUAAGCACCACAAACAGAUUUGGUUGUGUACGUUUUGCUUGGGGAACCAGUAUGGAUAUACAGGGACGAUGGAUCCCAGCUUCAAUUCCUGAGGAUGGAGAGGUUAUACUGGAGCAGACAAAUGGGAUAUGGCACAGACCAAACACUGAAGAUGCCAAUAUGCCUCUCUCUAAAUCUCAGAGACGACGUAGUGAUGUGAAAGUCUACAAGGAGUUCUGCGAUUUUUAUGCUCGCUUUAAUAUGGCAAAUGCUCUUGCUAAUGCCUUUUGUGAAAUCUGCAAGAAUGGCUUUGCUCCUGAAGAGAAAAUUGUAAACAGUAAUGGAGAACUGUACCAUGAGCAAUGCUUUGUGUGUGCACAGUGUUUCCAACCAUUUCCAGAAGGCUUAUAUUAUGAGUUUGAUGAUAGAAAGUACUGUGAGCAUGAUUUCCAGAUGUUGUUUGCUCCUUGCUGUAAUCAGUGUGGGGAAUUCAUCAUUGGCCGCGUCAUUAAGGCUAUGAACAACAGCUGGCACCCAGAUUGUUUUUGUUGUGACAUCUGCCACAUAAUGCUUGCUGACGUUGGUUUUGCUAAGAAUGCAGGCAGGCACUUGUGUCGUCAGUGCCACAUCCGUGAGAGAGCUUGCGGCCUCGGCAAAUAUAUUUGUCAGAAGUGUCACUUCAUCAUUGAUGAACAGCCGCUAAUCUUCAAGAAUGACCCAUUCCACCCUGAUCACUUUAACUGCAAUAACUGUGGGAAGGAGCUCACUGCUGAUGCCCGACAGCUAAAAAAUGAUCUUUAUUGCUUGCCAUGCCAUGAUAAAAUGGGUGUGCCGAUUUGUGGGGCUUGCAGAAGGCCUAUAGAGGGCAGAGUGGUGAGCGCAGUGGGCAAGCAAUGGCAUGUUGAGCAUUUUGUUUGUGCCAAGUGUGAGAAACCCUUUUUGGGCCAUCAGCAUUACGAGCGCAAAGGCCUGGCAUACUGUGAGACCCACUACAAUCAGCUCUUUGGUGAUGUUUGUCACCACUGCAAUCGUGUAAUUGAAGGAGAAGUCAUUUCAGCGCUAAAUAAAGCCUGGUGUGUUUCCUGUUUUUCCUGUUCAACCUGCAGUGCUAAACUCACCCUGAAGGACAAGUUUGUGGAGCUCGAUCUAAAGCCUGUAUGCAAACAGUGCUUUGAAAAAAUGCCAGUGCAGCUGAAACAGCGUUUAUCCAAACGUGAACAUGAGAUGAAGAACAAAAGGAAGAUGAUUGGUAUCUGUCUGUAAUGGCUUUUCAGUAAUUGGAAUAAUGGAAUCCUCUCAUGGAAGUAAACAGAAGUUUCAUGAUCCUGAUUUAAGAAUUUAAAAGAGAACUUUCAGAGACUGAGAAAUGUGCACAUUUAGUUGUUACCUGUUGUAAAUCACUAUCCAGUCCAUAAAUGAAAGUAAAAUAUUUUUAAAAAAUGUCUGAAUGCAUGAGUUGUUUACACAAAUAGAAUUGGUGUUUAGUUUUGCUUUU